AUGGCUUUGGAAAACACAACGUCAACGGUGUUGUCCACGAUCGGAACGGUCAUCUGGUGCAUACAGCUCUCACCCCAGAUCUACUUCCUUCACAAAAAGAAGGACGCCGAGGGCCUCCCGCCCAUCUUCAUGCUGCUCUGGUGCAUCUCCGGGCUCUUCAUGUGCAUCUACUUCGUUGUCUCGGACUCCUACAUCCCUAUGCAGGUGCAGCCGCAUCUCUUCACGAUGCUAUGCUCCGUCGCCUGGGUGCAGAGCAUGUACUACCCGCCCCACUCGUACGGCAAGAAACGGUUCCUCUCUUCUGCUGCCGUCUUCUACCUCUGCUGGAUCGGACUGGAGGUCGGCUUCUGCGUGUGGCUCCGCCCCGUCUACGCCCACGGCACGCACUGGGAAAACCUCAUCUUCGGCAUCUUGGCCACCGUCUUCCUCUGCGUCGGCUUGCUCCCGCCCUACUGGGAGCUUCUCCACCGAAACGGACGGGUCGUGGGCAUUAACUUCUUGUUCUUGGCGCUCGACAGUUCCGGCGCAGUGUUCAGCAUGGCCAGCAUGUGCAUAGGCACUGUCGACGCCAUGGGCAUGAUCUUGUACGCCAUCAUGAUUGCCAUGGAGCUCGGCCUAUUCGUCUCGCAGGGCAUCUGGCUGUUGCGCUUUCGGCUCCGUCGUACUGAGAAAGACGGCCCUGGCUCCGACGUCGAGGCUGUAUUCUCCGACAGUUCUUCUGAGAUUCGCAAUGCCAGCGAUGCCAACACCGAGAAGAACCCAUCGGCCACAGUCAGAGAAACAUGA